AUGAAGUUCGCCUUGGGGACAACCCUGCUCCUACUCUCAACAAGUGCCUGGUCCUUGGCCAUUCCCGGAUCCGAGACUUCCGAUCUCACCCAGGAUGGAGAAUCCACCACCGACAUCUCCAAUUUUGUGACCUUGGAAAAGCGCCGUGGUGGCGGCGGUGGAGGACGCGGUGGUUCCAGUGGUGGUUCCAGCUCCAGCAGCUCGGGAGGAAGCAGUGGAGGCCGCAGCGGCUCAUCUAGCUCGGGCUCCAGUUCUGGAAGCAGUGGUGGUCGCACUGGCUCAUCAGGUUCCAGUGGAAGUUCUGGAAGUUCUGGAAGUUCUGGCAGCUCUGGCAGCUCUGGCAGCAGCCGCAGUGGCUCCAGCAACGUCGGCGGCACGACCAGCUCUGGCUCUGGCACACGAGCCUCCUAUGGCGGAGGCAGCUACUACGCCGGUGGCGCCACUACUCCCUACCGAGCCGGUGCUCACUCCAAGGGCAGCAGUAUCGCCCCGUAUGUCCUCGGCGGCACAGCUCUGGGCUUCUUCCCCGGUCUUUGGUUGUACAGCGCCUACGCCUACCCUUACUCCCACAACUACCACUACUACAACCAGGAUGCGCACAAGAACGAGACCUACCCCGUGGUGUGCGUGUGUCAGGAGUACUCCGAGUGUGGUUGCGAUGACAACACUAAUCGCACUUACUACGAGUCUCUGUUCAAUGGCACCGAGCCCAAGAAUUCCAGCGUUGUGCGUGUUGUCAAGGAGAAUGGCACUGAAACCAUUUACAUCAAUGGAACCUUGCCCAAUGGCACCACUGCUGCGAAUGGCGGUUCGACCUCUGGGGGUUCGCCUUUUGCCACGGCCGUGGAAGCCAGUGGGUUGUGGUUGACCGUUGCUGUGGUGCUGGGCAUGGUCUAUAUCUAA